AGGGAUAAAGCGGCGCGAGCACUGGCAGUUCGAAAGGAUCUGAAAAACUUCUUUGCACGCGCACCGCAGAUGGGAAGCGUACUACUGCAACAACAACAACUUGCAGCUCGGUUAUGCAGAAAGAGCUGAAACACACACACAGACACUUGAACACACUUUUAACCGACUCUUAACGCGAACAUGAACGGAGAACGGACACGGCGCGAGCCGGAGUGUGUGUCCACUCACUGAGUUUAUAUCGUACAAGUCCCCGCGUGCGAACUUUAAAAAAAACAACAAAAUCAUCAUAAAUAACACGGAUAAAAACUUCUCAGGACUACUACCGUGAAAGAGAGUGGACUUUAAUUUUUUUCAGUACAACAAGCUUUAUUAAAGUUUUGUGAAAUCUGACGGGUGAAAUUUUGGUGUCGCGCGCGCCGAGAUGGUGCAGAAAAGCAGCAGUGCGGAGAGUUUUGAUUCCAGCGCGAUGGACGCGGAUCUGUGCGCCCCGUCAUCCGCGAGCCCCGGAUCCGAGAAGCUCGUGGACCCGGGCUGGUGCAAGACCCCCAGCGGACACAUCAAGCGGCCCAUGAACGCGUUCAUGGUGUGGUCGCAGAUCGAGCGGCGUAAGAUCAUGGAGCAGUCUCCCGACAUGCACAACGCCGAGAUCUCUAAGCGGCUCGGGAAGCGCUGGAAGCUGCUCAAGGACACCGACAAGAUCCCGUUCAUCCGCGAGGCAGAGCGCCUGCGCCUCAAGCACAUGGCCGAUUACCCGGACUACAAGUACCGGCCGCGGAAAAAGGCCAAGUCGAGCGGAGGCUCCAAGACCGGCGAGAAGGCAAGUGGAGGUACCGGUGCUCACGGCGCCAUUUUGAAGACGCAUUCCAAAAAGAGCGGAAGUUCCAAACCGGGCAGCGGCAGCGGCGGCCACAGCAAGGCGCACAAGAUGGCUCACAAAGCCGCGCCUCAUGAACCGGCCGCCGGGACAGACCACCACGCGCUCUACAAGUCUAACAAGUCGGACAAGAAACCGAAGAGAGUUUACGUCUUCGGGAGCGGAGGCGGAGGAGGAAGCGUUCCCGCGAGCCCGACCCUGAGCAGCUCUACCGAGUUCGGGGACGCGCAGAGCCUUUACGAGGACUCGCACCGCGCUUUCCGCGCGCCUUCGCCUGCUCCCUCCGCCUCGCGCUUAUCCCAGUCUCCAUCAUCAUCAUCAUCAUCAUCAUCUUCGUCGGACGAGGAGUUUGAGGAAGAGGCGGAGGCGAGGCGCCGCGCGAGCCCCGGAUUCGACAGCACGUCUCUGGGCAGCUUCGGCUCUUCUUACUCCACCUCUUCCGCGUCCUCGUGCUCGCCGGGGCUCGACCGCGACUGGGACUCGAGCUUCGAGUCGUGUGCUGGUUCUCAUUUCGACUUCCCCGACUACUGCACGCCCGAGGUGACCGAGAUGAUCUCGCGGGACUGGCUCGAGUCGACCAUUUCCAACCUCGUGUUCACGUACUGAUUAAAGCGGGGCAGAGCGCGGGGCUGAAACAAACACAAAAACAAACAAACAAACAAUGCAAGGAAAUGAAACAAAAUUAAGAAACAAAUAAGGGAGAACCGUUUCACGUGAAGUUGCAUUGAAGCUGGCUGCGACCAGUUCGAGUCUCAAAUGAGCAAAAAAAGCGUAAAAAUCGCGUUUUAAUUAAAAGAGAAAGAGAUCAAGAAGGGACUGGAGGCACGUGCGCUGGUGCGUUGAGCUGCAUCGUGUUGCAUUUGCAGAGAUGCACCGAGUCGCGCUGCGUUGCAUUAGGGCUACACUGCAAACAUCAAUAAGUUCUGUGCAUUCAUAAGGACAUUUUAAACAAAACAAAAGAAAAAAAGUGACCCGGAGUUGCAGGAUGCAGAGAAACGAGAAGGGAUUUUGUUUUUGAUUUGCUGCACGACUGGAAGGACCUGAAAGUGUUCGCAUUACGAGGAGAAGACGAACAAGAAGGAGAAACGUCCAUGUGCACGCGCACGGAGGAAAAAACAACAAGAAGAUCCUAUCGCAAAAAAAAAAUUAAUAAUAAUUAAAGUCGGAACUGGAAAACUGUGAUUUGAUUUGCACGAGACGCUGUUUUCAGUCAUGGAAAAAAAGAAAGGGGAAAACAUUGCGAGAACCACGUGACUUUUUAACACUUAAGAGGUACAGAAAUAGGCUGGGGGUGGAUUUAUGAACGAGGUGGGUAAACUUUAAGACUGUAAGACAAACCCUUUAUUUAAAAAAAAGAAGAGAGAGAAGCAUGUUAUCUGUCCUCUGGUGUGUGGCGAGUUUUUGUGCGACUGUGGAACAGUUCACUAGCAGUAGGUUUGUUUCAGAUGGCUAGAUGGCGCCAUGUUUGACCUUUUUUAUUUUUAAAAAAACAAAAAAAAUCACCAGCUGUUUUUCAUUCUGAACUUCAGGAUUUUCAGACUCAGAUCUGUGCUGAACUUUUUUUUAAACGGAAUCAGGACCAAAUCUCUCCUGCUUUGUUGUUUUUGUAUAGACUCUUGUCCAUCGUUGUGUUUUGUUUCUUUGGGUUUUUUCAGAUGCCAUUUUUUAUAUAUAUAUGAGGAUGUAUUUAUAUACCGGCCAAGCAUUGCAAUUUUUUUUUAAUCAAGUUUUGUGUUGGUUCAUAUCCUUCUCCCAAAAAGAAGGGCUAACGUUUUCGUUUUUUAUUUCUUUUUAUAUUUAGAUGUAGACUUUUUUGGAGAAAGAGAGCGAUUUUGAUUAUUUUCUCAGUGUAUUUUUGUACAAAUCUAUAUUUAAAAAAAAAUCAAACAAAACAACAAAAAGAUCGAAAGGAAAAAAAGGGGGCGUGGCGAUUCGUGACGAUUUGUGUACCUGCUUUUUUCCCUCUCUCCUAAUUCUUCUUUAUUCUAGGUGAGUUGGUUAAUGCAAAAUCGACCUCCUGUCUGUGUUUACAGCUCCAAUCUGUCUCACUCACACACACACACACACACACACACACACACACACACACACACACACACACACACUUUUUCACUUUUUCACAUCAGAUCUUUCUCAGUCAGAUAUCGUAGCUUUAAUCGAUCAUUUUUUAUGGCAUUUUUGCAACAAAAAAGAAAGAAAGAAAAAGAAAAGCACCGAACGGAAAAUGAAAUCAUAUCGUGUUUGGAUAUUUAAUCUCUCUUUUUCUACUCGUAUAGCUCAUCGUUUUCGUAUUUUAAGGCAUGGUGGAUAGACUUUUGUAUCACAGAUUCAGGUUUCUAAUAAUAUAAUAGCUGUUGUGUUCUGGAAAAUUAGGGGGAAAAUCGUGAAUUUGUACAGUUGACUGUAUUAUUAUUAUUAUUAUUAUUAUUAUUAUUAU